AUGGUCGACCUUGAUUUGCCGGAAACCCCAGUCCCCGUCUGGCUAGACUGUGACCCUGGCCACGAUGAUACUUUCGCAAUUCUCCUAGCUGCCUAUCACCCCACAAUCAAGUUGUUGGGCGUCUCAACUGUUUUCGGAAAUGCUCCCCUUGAAAAAACAACUGCCAACGCCUCCUCCAUUCUUACAGCAAUUGGCAAGCACAAUGACGUUCCCGUCUAUGUCGGCGCCGCCAAGCCCAUGGCGCGCCCUCCAAUGCAGGCAGCCACCGACAUUCACGGAGAAUCUGGCCUCGACGGCACCGACCUGCUUCCGCAACCGUUGAAGGAGGCGGACCGCACUACCCCGGCCGUUGACGCCAUGGCCGCUGCCCUCUCCGCCCAGGCUCCGGGCACCGCCUGGCUCGUCGCUACGGGGUCCCUGACCAACGUCGCACAGCUCUUCCAGAAACGCCCUGAGCUGGUGUCCCAUAUCAAGGGACUGAGCAUCAUGGGCGGCGCCAUCGGCGAUGGCUUCACCGACAUCGUCAUGGGCAAGGUCGACGGCGUCGCGCGCGUCGGUAACUGGACGCCCUGGGCCGAGUUCAACAUCAUCAUCGACCCCGAGGCUGCUGCCAGUGUCUUCCACAACAAGGCCCUCGCCGCCAAGACGACGCUUGUGCCGCUUGAUUUGUCGCAUCAGGUUCUUGCCACAGAGGAGGUGAGGGACCUGCUCCUCUACGGUAAGAACGGUGGUGAGAAGACGGGCAGAGGCAAGACGACGCUGCGGCAAAUGCUUGUUGAGCUUCUCAUGUUCUUUGCCAAAACAUACAGUGACGUCUUUGGCAUCACCGCCGGCCCGCCCCUUCACGACCCUCUGGCCGUGGCCGCCGUGCUCACGGGUACCAAGCAUGAGAUCCCCUUUUACGACUUUGACGCCAAGAAGGGUAAGUGCGUGAAAUACCACGAGCGCUUCGAGUUGACCGUCAUCACGGAGGGCUCGCUCGAGGAGGCCAAGGAGGGUAAGGCACAGCUUGGCCGGACAGUCGCCAAGUUGCUGGAGCCGGGUAGCGAGGGUGUGAGGAUACCCCGCGGCCUCGACAUUCCCAUGUUCUGGAAGGUUAUCGAGGAGUGCACGGAGAGGGCGGACCGGGUCAAUGCUGGUGAGGUGACGGGGUUGAAGGAGAAUGGCACUCUGGAGAACUGA